AUGGCCGAUAACAUGGAAUCUAAAGAGCUCGAAGUUGAAAAGGUCACCCCUACCGUGAAAAUGGAAGAGGAAGGGGGAGAGGAGACUUCUGACUUAAAAGAGCCAGAGGAGAUUAUUGAGAAUGUCGAGUACAGCUACGAGUCGCAUCGGUCUCCGUUUCCCGAGGUCAGAUCUGUUGUUCCCGAAACAGACGAUCCCAGCAUGCCCGUCAAUACCGUGCGCAUGUGGGUUCUAGGAGUGAUGUUCACGAUUCUUGGCUCCGGCAUCAACCAGUUCUUUUCACUCCGAUAUCCAUCGGUGCAUAUUGUUGCCCUAGUCGCAGAGCUACUUGCUUAUCCGAUGGGUGUCUUCUUGGCAAAGACACUUCCCCUGGCUACCAUUUCGUUUGGGCCCCUAGGCAAAUUCACGCUCAACCCAGACCGGAAAUUCAAUAUCAAGGAACAUGCACUGAUUGUGAUUAUGAGCAAUGUUUCCUUUGGUUAUGCAACUGCCGACUCGACAAACAUUAUCCAAGCCGCCAGCGCAAAUUUCUACAAUUUCAAGCUGAAGACGGGUUUCUACGUCCUGAUAGUCCUAUGCGCACAGCUCCUCGGCUUCGGAGUCGCUGGGCUCGCGGCUCCGUGGCUGGUUGAGCCAGCUCGUAUCAUUUGGCCCGGCGUCCUGUCCAACUGCGCUAUGUUGGAAACUCUGCAUUCGCGCAGCAACACAGUGGCGAACGGAUGGCGCAUCUCUCGUCUGCGCUUCUUCCUCUUUGUCACGGGGGGUGGGUUCCUCUGGUACUUCUUCCCGGGUCUGAUAUUUACAGCAUUGUCCUAUUUUACAUGGGUCUGCUGGAUCGCCCCGAAGAACGUCGUUGUGAAUCAUCUAUUUGGAAUGCAAACUGGACUAGGACUUAGCCCGAUCACGUUCGACUGGAGCCAAAUCGCGUACAACACCAACCCUCUCCUCUCUCCGUCAUGGGCUGCAAUCAACGUAUUUGCUGGAUUUGCCUUCUUCUUCUGGAUCAUCGUUCCUAUACUAUACUACACCAAUGUUUGGUUCACAGCAUACCUUCCCCUCAUGACCAGCGACGUCUAUGAUCGUACCGGCGCCUUGUAUGAUACUGCCCGAGUCAUCGCCGCAGACAAUAGUCUCGACGAAACCGCGUACCGCAACUACUCGCCGCCCUACCUCGGCGCAACAUUCGCCUUUGUGUAUGGCCCUUCAUUUGCCGCCAUCACAUCCGUUCUCACUCACAUUGGUCUCUGGCAUGCUCGCGACGUCUGGGCAGCCUUCAAAGGCCGCAACAAGCUAGAUAUUCACGCUAGGCUUAUUCGCGCAUCCUACAAACAAACUCCAUGGUACUGGUACGGCGGAAUCAUCCUUGUCAUCACAGGCAUGUCUAUCGCCAUGGUCGUAGUCUACGACACUAGACUCCCUGUUUACGGCAUCUUCCUGGGUUUGAUCAUUCCCGCUUUGUACAUGAUCCCGUGUGGGAUCGUUCAGGGUAUUACGAACGUCGACGCAAACCAACUUAACGUGUUAUCUGAGUUCAUUGGCGGAUAUCUAUUCGAAGGGCGCCCGCUCGCAAACAUGAUUUUCAAGAUCCUUUCCACAGAUGUCGUGGGACAGGGCGUCUAUUUCGCCAUGGACAUGAAGUUGGCGCAUUACCUCAAGGUUCCGCCUCGUACGACAUUCGUGGCACAGGGCGUCGCGACGAUUCUUGGCGCCCUCACCCAGGCCGGUGUCACGCUUUGGAUGCUGGGUCAUAUCGAUGGGAUCUGCGAAUCCGACCAGUCAGAUAAUUUUACCUGUCCCAAUGGGCGGACGGUAUAUUCCUCUUCAGUGAUCUGGGGCCUUGUAGGCCCGCGUCGGCUCUACUCUGCCGGCAAGAUUUACUCGGGACUUCUUCAUUUCUUCUGGAUCGGUGCUAUUGCUCCUGUUAUUACGUGGCUCAUGUACCGCUAUACUAAACAGCGGUUUUGGAAAAUGAUCAAUUGGCCUCUGAUUUUCGUGGGAACUUACAAUGUCCCACCUGCUACUGGAAUCAACUACUCCAGCUGGGCCCUUGUCAAUUUUCUCUUCAAUCAUUUCCUGCGUCGCAAGUUCUUUGCUUGGUGGACGAAGUAUAACUAUAUCCUAGCUGCUGCUCUGGACACCGGUCUCGCUCUUAGUGGUAUAGUCAUAUUUUUCUGCAUUUCCUAUCCUGGCGCGGUGUUCCCGGAUUGGUGGGGGAACACGGUCUACCUAAAUACUGCGGAUGGACAAGGCGUGCCGUACAAGGCUAUGCCAGAUGUCGGGUAUUUUGGGCCUGCCAAUGGGACGUGGGCUUGA